AAUGUUUACUCUAACUCAGCAGUAACCGUCAGCAGUUCCCCAAACUCUUAGAAGAAAGAACAGUAGGGGCCUAUAGGAAGCCCCGGUGACACAAGUUUUAUCUGAGGAGCUCAGGGUGACUACAAUAUCAAACCACACCAGGGACUGUGUUCUCCAAAUUCACCAUCAGCAGGAUCGCUUUAUUUUAAGCUUUAUUUUGUGUCAUCUUCAUAUUUUGAAUGAAGCUUCACCCAUUAAUUGAGUUGACACUACAGUGUAUACCAAGAUGAUCAAUCCGUUUAUGGACUCUAACCCCCAUCUACCACCCGGGGCCCUGAAGCUGAGUCCCCCGCAUCAUAUGAACGAUGGGGGGUUUGUUCACGGACAAUCAAACCAAUUUAGUCCCCCUUCCAGCGGAUACGGGGUGCCUCAUUCACAUCACGUUAGCAGCUACUCGGCUCGGGACCUUUUGCUGCGUCGUCCAGAAAUCACGAUUCCGGGACACGAUGCCAACGGGAACGGACACACUGGAAUGUUCGGAAGUUCUGCUGGCGCCUUUCACUCCCACCCAUCGGAAACCUCUAGUCAUAUGUUCUUGUCUGGACUCCAUGAUUCGGCACACUACCCUGGCAGCCAUCAUGUCAAUGGACGAUUUGGACUCCAUUCGGAGAUGUAUUCCCGUGCGGAGCAGUACAACCAAAUGGCGCCCCCUCGACAUGACCAUUUCCCUCCCCCACAACCCUUCAAUAUGCCCCCUAUGAACGGAAUGAACCCUAUGAACAUGGGAGCGCACGGACCAGGGGCAUUUUUCCGUUACAUGCGACCCCCAAUAAAGCAGGAACAUACCUGUCUCUGGAUAGACAAAGACCAAUUGGAACCCAAGAAACCCUGCAAUAAAGUGUUUUCCACUAUGCAUGAAAUUGUGACCCAUUUGACUGUGGACCAUGUCGGGGGUCCGGAGCAGACGGACCAUGCUUGUUACUGGCAGGAAUGUGCAAGAGAAGGACGACCUUUCAAGGCGAAAUACAAACUUGUCAACCACAUUCGAGUCCAUACGGGAGAGAAACCGUUUCCAUGUCCAUUUCCGGGAUGCGGAAAAGUGUUCGCCAGAAGUGAAAAUUUGAAGAUUCAUAAAAGAACCCAUACAGGUGAGAAGCCAUUUAAGUGUGAGUUCGAUGGAUGUGAUCGUCGAUUUGCCAACAGCUCGGACAGGAAAAAGCAUAGUCAUGUACACACGAGUGACAAGCCGUACAACUGUAAAGUCAGAGGAUGUGACAAGAGUUAUACACACCCGAGUUCCCUAAGGAAACACAUGAAGGUUCAUGGGAACAUUUCUCCAAGUAUGGAGGAAAAGGAAUCAGACGAGAGUCACUCCGAAAGUGAAGCCCCUCCUCCUAGUCCACCGUUAUCAAAAUCCCUGCAGACCCCAGUCCCGGGCAAUACGACCGGAAGCUCGCAACCACAGCAGCAGACGACACCCGUUUCGUCAAUAUCGAGCCCGACCUUGCCACACGAAGUAAAUUCUAGUCUUCCACAUAAUAACACAACGAACCUUAGCGAAUGGUAUGUUUGUCAAGGAACAAACGGACCCCCGGGAAUGAGUAUUUCCCACACGAGCGAGCAAUCUCCUUUAAGUAAUCUCGGUCAUCUUCAAAAUCUUCAACCACCUCCCAUUCUUCAGUUCUCUUGAAGGGUCGAUUUUUCACCUGAAGGACCUCUGCAGAUCAUCGGUGUUAAAACGAUCAUGCUUACCUCCUGCAAAUAAUUCUACACCUAAAGUUCGAUAUUUGUAUUUUCUUGUUUCUGUGUUUUGGAUCUCUGAGAUUUCUUGAUCGGGUUCGGGGAUUAUGAAAAUGAUUUGUAGUCGUGACUUAUCAAUGUGUCAUUUACAGUUCUAGUGUUUUAAACCGACCGAGAGGAACGAAUUCUCACGGGUUUACCCCCAGAUGUUCUAAGCUACAGAUAACUAUAUAUUUGAAUUAGGAUUAAGUUAUUUUCACAUUUCAUUUUAUUGUCAUUAAUCAAAUUAUACACCUGUAUGAUGAUAUUGUGAUCAGUGAAUACUUAUACCCAUGUAUAACAUGGCUAAUAAUGUAAAUAAAAUACCUAUGAAUUUAUA